GUGCCGGACAGUCCACCUUGUAUUGGGAAGGUAAAUUGUUGAUACCCGGACAGUACUUCAUCCAUGAAGUCAUACGUUCUUGGACAACCCCUACUUGGUGAAAGCUGUGCCAAGGAAGUGGCCGGAUUACGCAAGUCAAUUGCCCAGUUGGAACCUUUCGACUGACCUUCACUCACCUGCGCCUCCACGCAAAACGAGUACGGUUUCGCCGAUCUUUCCCAUGGAAGCAGAGUGCUCUUUAGAGCUUCCCGUCAUCAUCUUUGCAGCCAACACUACACAGCAGGCUCUUAACAAAUGUGCCAUCAACAGUCAUUCUGCACGUUAUGCUCACUUGAAGCGCCGUCAAAGCGAGAAGAAACAGCAUACGCCCGGCGAUCCUAAGGGCAGUCAUAUAGUGCACCAUCGAGACUAUCCGGAGGAACUCAAGCAUCAAUGGACUCCUUCCGUCUCCGAUUUGUGUCCAAAUACGCUCGAUCCUUUCAUGACUACCGCUGUGAAUAUUGAUAAUGAAAUUCGAUAUGUGCUUCUCGCCAAUCGAGACUGGCUACUUUCAUUUGCUGCCCGCCAGUAUUCCACUCAGCACAAAGUACGAGGCCGGAACUACACUACUUGGUUUACCAAACAAGCAACAACAGCAUUGAACGACGAAUCAACCGCCUACGGUUGCAUUGCACUUUACGCAAGUCGUGCCCGCUUCAUCACGUCAAAUCACCGGAUGAACGCCUCCGUACUCGCAUAUCGAACCUUGGCCAUGGCUGGGUUACAGAGGAACCUGGGGAGCGGCAUAGUCGGUAAAGAAGAGGCUACAUGCACGACAGUAUACUUGUUGUAUACCGCCGAGUUGACUGCCCAGGAAUAUUCAAGUGCCGCGUUUCAUGCCCGAUUCUUACGCUCUAUCCUUCAGCCACCAAAGCCGUCACAGCGGAGCUUCAACCCCAACCCCGGCCUCAUUAGAGGGAUUUUGUGGCAGGAUAUUCACAGGGCAGUCUUUACCUAUACUCGACCAAUUCUUGAUCUCGAGAGGUGGGAAGAGGAUUUCCUUCCCAGAAGUUGUCUUCAAAGCAUCAAAAGAAAUUGUCGGAGCCUGGUUGGUGAACACCUACUUCCUCAACCUUCCGACUUACAUAUCGACUACCCUGCACUUCAAGAUAACCGGAUUCGCGAGAUCUUGGAGGAGAUUCGGUAUUACUCCAAGAUUGCCGGUGUACUGAGCAGUAUCAGCAGUGUCAAGGCUGUCAAGUUGUUGAACGAUAUGUGCUCGCGGGGAUUGAUUAUGGUCGGCCACUUGCUCAACGAGCAAUUAGACUGGGAACGAGAUGCGUCGGAUGGGGUACUUGUUUGCUCUCCACGCUUAUACGAGGAUCGAAUUGCCUGUAUAUGCGUCAUGUUCUGGAUUCGAACCAUGCUCCAGUAUGAGCGGCAGGCUCUUGAUCGCAAGAUGCUGGGACAAUACUCGAAACACCUUGCGAGCAAAACCAUGCUGAGUCGAAUAAAAGAUUACUUUGUGGCUACAGCGAACGACGCCUCUAUCAACAUCAGCGCACCAUCUUCACGGUUCCGUCUUUGGUGUCUGUAUGUCGGUGCUAUUGCUGAACAGGACCUUAUGGAGGCAGAGAAUGUUUGGUUCGACGAUUAUCACAACAUCGAGUUUGUUCGGCAUGCAAAGAUGAUGGGUAUACCUGACUGGAGUACCGUCAGGGAUAUUCUGACAGGAUUCACCUACUUUGAGCCUAUCGCUCCAUAUGCUGAGUUCUGGUUUGCGAGGUUCAACGCGACAGGAUCCGUCGUGAUGGAAGGGGGCUGCGGGUAUACGCAAUGCGCACAAUCUGAUGGUAUCAGGGCCACGCAGAAGGAAGAAGAGGAUAUGUCGUUUCUCAAUGCACGGCCCGACGAGCGGCAUAUCUAUUUUCGCCUGGGUAUCCUGGACUUUUAGCCGUAAGCAUGUUAUGAGAAGUCCAAUUCCCUACAUAGAGAUACCACAAGUCCAGAAGUGGGAGCUUCCUUCUAAUUCCUAUUCCGGUGAAGUAAA